UCUAAGAUGGAAGAUUCCAUGGAGAUCCCGAUUGACGAGUGCGAUGUGUACAAAGUCGAGGCUGUUUCUGAUUCGGUCUUGGUUGCCAGUGGACUGCCAAUCCCAAUCGGCUCGGAACAUAUCAGUCGAAUGGCCGAUUUCGCCUUGCUCUUGUUGCAGUUGCAGCCGUCGCUCGGUUUUCCGGACGAGUUGCGCCUUAUGCUUGGACUGCAUUCAGGGCCAUGUGCAGCCGGAGUCAUCGGAAUGAAGAGACCUCGUUACUGCUUGUUUGGUGACACGAUCAAUGUGGCAUCGCGAAUGUGCAGCCAAGGGCUGCCGGGGCGGAUCCACCUCAGCUGCGCUUCAGCCGCACUUUUGCAGGAAUAUGACGAUCAGGGCUAUGUUAUUGAACUUAGAGGUUUAGUACAGAUCAAAGGUCGCGGUGAUAUGACCACGUACUGGCUCAGUAAAACGUUAUGCUCAUAGCAGUGCAGUUAAAGGAAAAAUCGG